UUUUCCAUGUCGCCAUUUUCUACCGCUACACCACUGUUCCUGUAAAGAGGUGGAUUCUUCGACUGUCGUCCUUGUGCUGCAUGAAAGGGCCUUGCAAUUGACAGUGUUGAGAAUCGACAGAAACAUUUACGCUUUCUCUGUCAGUAGCUUUCCUGUAAGAAUGUCGUCAGAAAGCCCCGAAUACUCCCCGUUCUUCGCAGUGAUGGGAGCCUCUGCGGCUAUGGUCUUCAGCGCAUUGGGGGCGGCCUAUGGCACGGCUAAGAGCGGAACGGGCAUCGCUGCCAUGUCGGUGAUGCGGCCGGAGCUCAUCAUGAAGUCUAUCAUUCCUGUGGUCAUGGCGGGUAUCAUCGCCAUCUACGGGCUGGUGGUGGCGGUGCUCAUCGCCAACAACAUUUCAGAGAAAGUCACCCUCUACAAGAGUUUCCUCCACCUGGGUGCUGGGCUGAGUGUGGGGCUGAGUGGGCUGGCGGCUGGUUUCGCCAUCGGCAUUGUGGGCGAUGCAGGUGUUCGGGGCACGGCCCAGCAGCCCAGGCUCUUCGUGGGCAUGAUCCUCAUCCUGAUCUUUGCAGAGGUCCUGGGGCUCUACGGUCUUAUUGUGGCUCUCAUCCUCUCCACAAAAUAGAGAGAGCAAAGUCCAUCUGUCCGUCUGUGUACGUCGAGUCAACGCUACGUCAUCCAUUCCAUAUAUAAACGUCUAAGAAAUAAAGAACAAAUUGGAGAGCAUGCCUUUACGCCUGGUUCCAAAUCGACUCCCUUUAGCCACUUCUUUCCUAGUGACACUACCGAGUCCUUUGUAGAUCUAAUAGGUUUGAAUGAGUGUUAGCCAUCUCUUGGUCUGCCAUCUCUUUGGGACGCCAGGGUAGCCUAGUGGUUAGAGCGUUGGGCUAGUAACCGGAAGGUUGCAAGUUCAAAUCCCCGAGCUGACAAGGUACAAAUCUGCCCUGAACAGGCAGUUAACCCAGUUAACCCUAGGCCGUCAUUGAAAAUAAGAAUUUGUAUCUAUCUGACUUGCCUGGUUAAAUAAAGGUUAAAAAAAUAUAUAAAAAAAUAAAAUGGUAAAGCCACUCCUACAUUCAUGCCUGUCAGAUCUACGAGGGAGGCAUCUUGAGGUGUUAAGGGCUGUGUCCCAAAUGGCACCAUAUUCUUCUCUAAAUAGUGCACUAUUGACCAGAGUUAUAUUGUGCUCUGGUCAAACUCAAGAUUUGGGACACGGCGUGAUUUGAGAUUGGGCGUGAAGUGAAAAGCGUCUCCUAUUCCAGUCUUUUCCUGUACAGUCGUCAACUAGCCAAACCCUUAUAAAUGCGCUUUGUAAAUGUAGUGACGCUUUCGUCCUGUGUGUGCUUGAGUAUUGGUUUACCUCCUUCCUCCCAAUUUCCUCUCAUUUAUGUGUCUGCUAAAUGGCUUUUAUUAUUAUUGUUCCUUUUGUUUGUUUUUUUCUUUAAAUGUCCGAAGAACGGACUGUUGGACAAAUAAUUUUAUUUUUCUGGGGACCAUUUUCACAUUAAAGGACCUAACUAAUACGAGGACAUGGAUAACUCUUUUUUUUGGUUUGGUUGUUUUUUUCACUAAUUAUUUAUGAAGAUUUUGAAAUGUUAAUAAAACUGUUUUAUCGAGUUCCCAAUGAGAUGGAGAGGUGUGUGCGUGUGUAUAUAUAUCUCUAUCUAAUAAAUAUCUGUAUAGCUAGAUUAAUUGCACUGUGGGUAAUUGUUCUAAGGGCUUUGAAUUCCUCUGGAUGCAUGUGUCCAGUGGAGACUGUCUCUGAUGUGCAGAUGUUGGAGUGGGAGUUAACUCUUUAUGGUGGCUGGCAUGUAAAAGUGUGUGUCUGUUAACUCUAAGACAUCAUUCUCAUUUGUACUGUUGACCUGUAGUACUGGGGUGUAAUCAAUAUUCCAAAUGAAAACUAGACAGAUUCUAUUGGACAGAUUCAGGUAGGUCCCCCGUUUGAUUCGUAAAUUGUUUCCAUUGCAAGAUGUAAUGAGUAAACCCCAGCCAUGUGGUUGCAGUUGCUCACUGGCGGGCCUCGUCUGUCUAAUAUCCAAUUAAAUCUCAACCUCA